AUGUCCACAUUAAGAGGAACUCCGUCAACCACUCCUGGUGGGAAGGGUUAUGAUUCAAUUAUGAAGGUAUUGCUAGUUGGAGAUUCUGGCGUAGGCAAAUCUUGUUUGCUAGUCCGUUUUGUGGAGGAUAAAUUUAGUCCAUCGUUCAUUACAACAAUUGGGAUUGACUUCAAGAUCAAGACUGUGGACAUCGAUGGUAAGAAGAUAAAGCUUCAGCUAUGGGACACCGCAGGCCAGGAGAGGUUUAGAACCAUCACGACUGCAUAUUACCGUGGAGCGAUGGGUAUUAUCUUGGUGUACGAUGUGACCGACGAAAGAACAUUUGAGAAUAUAAGGCAGUGGUUCUCUACAGUGAACCAACAUGCUACGGAGGAUGCGCAGAUAUUGUUGGUUGGUAACAAGAAGGACAUGGACACAAGGGCGGUAACAUAUGAGCAAGGUGAGAGUUUGGCAAAGGAACUCGGAGUUCCGUUUAUUGAAGCCAGUGCCAAAGACGACGAAAAUGUCAGUGAUAUCUUUUUCACACUAGCAAAGAUAAUCCAAGAGAAGAUUGACAACGAUAGGCUAGUGGGGAAUUUUGGCAGAGAGGGAAAUGUCAACAUUUCCUCUUCUGGCAACCUUUCCUCCUCGAACUGCUGUUGA